AUGACUGAAACCGCCGUCGAAGUUGCCGCCGUGGCUCCAGCAGUAAAAGCGCCUAAAAAGUCCAAAGUCGCUGAGAAAGACGCUAACAAGCUGAAGAAGCAACCGACUCAUCCACCAGUGAACGAAAUGGUCAUUGCCGCUCUCAGCAACUUAAAGGAACGUAAAGGAUCUUCUCUGCAGGCUGUUAAAAAGUACAUCGGUGCCAAUUACGAUUGCGACGUGAUCAGGUUGUACACCUUCAUCCGAAGGGCUCUGAAAACUGGCGUCGAGAAGGGAACUCUAAUCCAGACCAAGGGAACCGGUGCGACUGGAUCCUUCAAGCUGGUGGACAAGAAAAAGGCGUCCGUUGAGAAAAAGCCUAAAAAGGCUGUCAGUGAGAAGAAGGAGGCUGUCAAAAAAGCUGUGGGCAAUAAGAAGGUCAAGAAACCGGCCACCAAAAAAGCGACGGGUGUGAAGAAAGCCACAGCUGUGAAGACUGGCACUGCGAAGAAGGCUGCUCCUUCCAAGCAGAAGUCUACCAAACCAUCGAAGGCCGCUGCUGCCACGAAGCCGAAAACCCCGAAGCCGAAGAAAAUCGCUCCGGCCAAAAAAGCCGCCUCGAAGAAAGUCGCCGCUAAAAAGUAA